AUGUUGAAUUUGGCUUGUUCUAGGAUCAAGCUUCCUUCUGGUGCCAAGAAGGUUGUGCCAAGUGAUUGUAGGGCUAUGAUUGGGCAAGUUGUUGGAGGUGGAAGAACUGAGAAGCCCGUGUUGAAGGCGGGUAAUGCAUACCAUAAGUUUAGAGUGAAGAGGAAUUGCUGGCCCAAGGUUCGUGGUGCACCUCCUGGACAGAAGGUUGAUCUCAUUGCUGCCAAGAGGACUGGUCUUAGGGGACAAGCUGCUGCAAGUGCUGCUAAGGCCGAUAAAUGA